AUGCCUCCUCCCGAAGCCCCUCUGCCUCAGCCGCAGGCACGGCCUCAGCGUUCAAAUUUCAAUGCGCAAAAUACCGUCAGUAGACUACAGAGCUCGACGUCAAACGGAAAUCAGAGUGCCACGACAAAAAAUGCAUCGGUAGGCUCCUCUGGGUCAUCGUCUACGACGAGUGGAUACGGUGGUAGCCGCGCGCCGACUCCGUCCUUGGGCGGAUUUAAUUUUCCACCAGGGGUUAGUCCACGCUCAAAUGGCGCUCCAACUGCGCCCGCACGUCAUUCGGGCCAGGGAAGUGGCAGCGGCAUCGGCCUGAAGCGGAAUGCCGAUGCUAUGCAAGGGCAACCUAAUCCUGCGAGUAGAAGAUCCGUGCAAGGCAUGGGCCUAGCACCUCAUUCCGGAGGUGGAUGGUCUGGACAAGGAGGCCAGGGCGGCCAAAGGCGAGAGCCUCUUGCCGCUCUCGAGCUAGGCGGAGCGCCACCGUGUAUUGUAGCCUUUCGGACAUAUCUCGUUGGCCGAGACCUAGAAGGUAACCGUUUCUACGAGUACCCUAGCGUCUCCGAUGAUCCAAGAAGAACGAAGCGUGUUGUGAAGUACAAACAUGCAGAACAUGUAUGGGACUAUGCGUCCAUGCAAAAACAACUGGCAGGCGUGUCUUCAUUAAACUCUGUUGCACCCCUUGGCCCUGACAUAGCAUGGUCGCUAACUAGUACAAUGGGCUGCUUGGUUGACGCAUACUCGUCCCCAUCCACCUGUGCUGGAGCGCCGUUUCAUAUACAGGAGCUGCAGGCUGACCUGGAGCGGCAACGGCGUGUUCAAAUGAAUGCUGCCUUGAUUGAAGCGCGUGACCGUGAAGAGCGUCUUCAGCAGAUCGCUGCUGCUCAAGACACACCGGUCCAUCAGGUGUCUGCACCAAAUGCUAGCGUUUCUUUGCAGAGGGAUACCACGAUCCAAGAGCCGCCAUUACGCCCUGCAAGAGCCGAGGGUGGCAGCCCUCGAGGUAGACCAGAAACACAUUCACACACAGAAGAUCCAUGGAAGAAAGCAUCGCAUACGUCAGACGAACCGCAGGCAUGGGCUCCCAAGGCACUCUUCACAAUCGGUGUAUCUCAUGAGGGUGAUCCCGCUAUGCCAUCGACACAUCGCCUUCCAUUGGUCUGGCAACUAUUUCGGCUUCUGUUAUCUUCGCCGAGCGGUGCUAUUCGCGCCACACGCGAACGCUUGCUGUGGCUAUGGCUCUUCGUCAAACGCUACAUUCGUCGAUUAGGUUGGGGGAACUAUGGCAAGACCAGACCAGACAAUCGCAAACAGGUCGAUCGAGACACUCGCGUCGACGAAGACGUUCGUUCUGGAGUUGUAGAGGCGGGGAAUGGCUCAGAGAUUGAACGUGCAGUGAUAUAUUGCAGCAAAGAGCCAGUCAAUUCACAUCUUGGUCUUCACAUUGAACACAAUGGCAACUCUCCCCGACUGCUCAGCACAAGGGAUAUUCCAAGCCGGCCAGCAUCCCGACCAGUCUCUGCUGCAUACCCAGAUUCUGUUGGCUUCGAUGGCGAGCCGUACUCAAUCUCUGUGCAGAACGCAUCGCAGUCUUCUAUCGACAUCGGUCUCGCGACGCUGAGUGAUCACGGAAUCCACCAUCGCGAUACUCGCUACGAUCAUCUGGCGCUGUCGUCCAGACCGUCUUCUCGGACCUCUUCGCCGCGUCGGAGAGAUCGAGGGGUGUUGAGAGACGUGUCGGGGCCAACGAGCAGCCGGGCUCUUGCGCGCUCCAAGUCGCGCGCCAGGUCUCGAGCACGCGACUCGCUUGCAGGCUCGCAUCGCGGAUCCCGUUUGUCGAUUGCGUCGUUUCCGCCCGAACAUAAGUCACCCGCGCUCAGCGCACUGAACCAGGCACUUCCGGCAGGGAACAUACCCAUUCAUGUUCCUCUGGAGCCAGCAAGAUCCCAGAAGAUGUAUGCGAUUCUGCAAAUUAAGCGAUAUCUCAAAGGGCAAAAAAUAGACGACUUAGAGUCAAAUUACGUAGUGAAGCCUCUUCAACUGUUAUACCCACACGAUGACGUCCCAGCUGGAUGGACAGCGCUGACACACCCAGAGGGUGCCUGUUAUUUCUAUCAUGAAGAGAAACGCAUCUAUACCGACGCAUACAUUAUGGAGCCGGAAAUCAUGACCGAAAUUGACGACUUUAUAGCUAAUCUGGAAUACAUGGCACAUGGUCUUGGGUUCCAGAUGGGCCCCAACAUGGAGCUCGUGUUGGAACUGGAAGAUAAUGACAGGCCACAUAUACCGACUAAAUAUCACUGGUGUUACUACUUCGUGGACAAUGAUACCCGCACAUUGUUCUGGUUGCAAGAGUUUGAGAUAUACGACGAGACCCCUUGGGACGAACUGCAGGGCCUGAAUACUGCAUCACACAUCAGUGCGCUCCACUGGGACAUGUUCCCGUAUAAACACGAUCCCUCGAAAGCACUCGUCAACGAGUUACUAAGCAUUAUAGUACAUUCCACUGCGGACCAGCUGACGUCCACGACUUCCACGAUCCCUUACCACGCUGAUGAACUUCACAAGAUGAUGACCAUAGUCAAGAACGCCAAGGCCAUGUCACUUCCUAAAAACCGCAUAUCCACGCUACCUUUAGCGCACCAGCGAUUCCUGCACUACCAUGGACAGAAGGCCGCUCGCCUAUCCCGUGAUCAGAGUGUUUUUGACAAAGGGGAUGAGCACCGGACACUAUUGAUUACCGUCUUAGCCCCGCUACUUUUCAAUGCGCCGGAUGUGCACCUAAAGGCGCUGGAGAAAAUUUGGAUCGAUAAUAUUAUCACGAUCAUACCCUGGAGCCACUUCAUGUCCAAGCUGCAAACUGACUGGCAGGAAUAUGUUCUCUUCGCCACGGUUUUGCUCAAUGCAAACAUUUCUUUCAUGACGAUUAACGAUGUGGAUCCCGGUAGCGGACCACGGACAGCCGCGCAGAUUGCGAGUUUCGUGUCCACCAUUGCUAGUAUCGGAAGCACAGUCAUUGGGCUGUUGCUGAUUCGGCAAUACCGCCUCAAGCCGAAGGACACGGCGCAGGAUGCGCUCAAUUACCUAGCUAGCCGGCGGCAUCCCACACUCGGUCUGGAGACAUUAGCGAUUAUGUACAGCUUGCCAUAUGCUCUCCUCAUGUGGGGGAUGGUGACGUUCCUCAUCGCAUUCGCUUUCGAGUGUUUCGAGACAGCCGACAAGCCGUCCAUCAUUGUCAGCGGCGUUAGCUGGGGCUUGGUCGGUAUCCUGAUUGCUUGGUGCAUCUACACGUCAUGGGAGGGUGGCGAGACGUCUAUUCGAGAAUGGAUCCUCUCUCAUUGGGAUACAUUCUAUGCCACGAUGUCGGAAAAGGGACUCUGGCCAAAAGCUUGGCUUUUCCGUCGACAACACGUCGCAACACCGCAGGUUGAGGAAAUGGGGUUUAGCCUGCCGUAG